GUGCUACAUAGUAACUUAGCCAUGGAGAAGGGAAAGUUAUCAGGGCUGAGCCACCUGUUUGUGACGGUGUUCCUCUCAGGGUUUGCUAGCUUCAUCGUGACUCCGGCCAUUACAGAUGUCACCAUGUCUGCACUCUGUCCCGGAAAAGAUGAAUGCUCUCUUGCCAUUUUCCUCACUGGAUUCCAGCAGGCGAUUAUAGGAGCGGGGACGAUGGUGAUGAUGCCACUGAUUGGGAACCUUUCAGAUCAGUAUGGGAGAAAGGCGUUGCUCACACUGCCUAUGGCUUUGUCCAUUUUUCCCCUUGCUGUAUUGGCAUACAGCAGGACUACCUACUAUUUCUAUGCCUAUUACAUUCUAAGGACUCUCACUAGCAUGGUCUGUGAAGGCAGCAUGAACUGCCUUGCUCUAGCAUAUCUGACAGACAACCUUCCUGGUAGGCAUCGGGCAUCUGCAUUUGGAAUUCUUUCAGGUGUAGCCUCAGCCUCGUUUGUCUGUGGAACCUUAGCAGCUCGCUUCCUCUCUACUGCUUCCACAUUUCAGGUUGCUGUAUUUGUAUCAAUGCUUGCUGCAGUGUACAUGAGAAUUUUCUUGGAGGAAAGUUUGCCUGAUGAUGCGGCUGGUUUGACUAGGCCAAUCCUGAAGGAAGGACAGGAUGCCAUUCAAAACGAUGGUAAUGAUCUGAGUAACAUAGCAUCAUUCAAGAAAAUACCUUCAGUGGGGGAUCUCAUUUGCUUGCUGCGGUCUAGUCCCUCAUUUUCACAAGCUGCAGUUGUUGCCUUCUUCAGCAGUCUUGCAGAAGGUGGGAUGCUGGCUUCAACGAUGUACUUUUUGAAGGCACGUUUUCACUUCAACAAAAAUCAGUUUGCUGAUCUUAUGUUAAUUUCUGGGGUUCUAGCCACUGUUUCACAGCUGCUUCUCAUGCCUGUGUUGGCACCUCACAUAGAGGAGAGGAAGUUGUUGUCAAUAGGACUUUUAGUUUCCUGUAUGCAUGGGUUUCUUUACAGUAUAUCUUGGUCAGCUUGGGUUCCUUAUGCAGCUACUGUAUUUUCAAUAUUCAUGGUUUUUGCACCACCAUGUUUACGCAGCAUUGCAUCAAAACAAAUCGGUCCCAGAGAACAGGGUAAGGCUCAAGGAUGCAUCUCAGGCAUAAGUUCCUUUGCCAACAUAAUUUCUCCAUUAAUUUUCAGUCCUCUGACUGCCCUGUUCUUAUCUGAGAAUGCUCCUUUUUACUUCCCAGGCUUUAGCAUCAUGUGCAUCGUGUUGGCAUCGAUGAUUUCAUUCAUCCAGAGUUUGAUGAUAAAAAGUGCCCCUUUGAUUCCUCCAAGCCCCAGAAUCAACAGCAACCGCAUAGAGGCUUAGUUUCAAGCAUUCUACCUUACCUAAAAUAGAGGAAGUGUAAUUAAAGAGACAGUUAUACUUUUAUUGCAGCUUAGGCAAUUGGACUGUGACAUGGGAGUCACUUUCCAUCUUGUUUACCGGCGAUAAAAAUGACGAAAAACCUAAAUGCAGUUGGGUGAAUGCGAUGAGGUUGGUCCCUAACGGAAGGUUAUGCUAUAUUAGCUGGCUGUGCCACUCUCUAUCAAGAAGAGGCAAAUAGGAUCAUAAAUCAUAUAGGCUACUUGACAGAACCUUAUCAGUUUCUGUAUUAUAUUUCCACCUUAAUGCCUAUAACAUAGGAGAUUGGUGUUUUUUAAUACAAACUGCACAAAAAAGACUACAGUUCAGGUACUCAUGUUACCCAAAUACCAUUACUGAAUAAACAUAGAGGGGAGUU